AAGUACUGAGUGACAAGAAGGGAAGGGGUUGAUUGGCCGCCCUCGUUUCUCGAGCAGAAUAUCUUCAAUGCCCCGAAUCUCUUCUCAGGGCAGAGACGUCCGCCCUCUUCACGAUGCGGCGAAAUUGCGAGCCGCAAAUCUUCAAAAUGCCUACUCCUUUUUGUUUCCGUUUGUGCUUCUCCACCUCGUCCGAAAGCUUCUUUCUCUGGCCUUGGGGCGCAAUUGACGUCGUGCCUCGAUGGUUUAUCCCAGCGCUAUGGGCAUGGUCAGCGAGGCCUCGGCUGACCCUGCACCCGCACCUGUGCCCGAGUACGACCUUAACGACCUCGAUAAUCUGGUGUUGAGCCGAUGGAGCGGAUCAAGGCCCCGGGUCUGGGCGGAAUGUCGACGUCGGUGCAAAAGGGCUCUUUUCGAAUGAUGGGUGGACGUUCCGAGAACAAGUCGAGAACCGCGAGUACCAGGAAGCACCUGAAUAUGACCAAAAUGUCGAUAUUAUUGAUCUUCACCUACCGGCAGUGCACGAGGACGGGAUGUGGACUUUUCAGGAGCAUACCCAGAUGAGUGACCAUCAGGAGGCUCCCGAGCUUGAG